AUGGUAAUUUCUUGCGAGAACGUCCUGAAAGUCGCCUCUAUCUGUCGUGGUGGGGGUGUCGAGCCAGUCUGGCCCUGGGAAACCGGUCCUGUCCCACUCACCACCUCUCGCUUUCUCGUCUGGACGGUGCUGUAUCCAGACACCGAUGUCAAGGUCACAGUCCGAGUCCCAUUCACCGAAACAAUGACGACACAAUCUGCCUCUAACUUGGUUACCCAUGAGGCAGAGUUCUUGAAAUAUCUCCGCCAACAAGGAUUUGAAUGGUCUCCAUGCUUGUUGGUUCAUUCAGCUGAGUCCAACAAUGCGCUCGAGUGGCCGUACCUUAUCACAACGUGGACCGAGGGCACUCCACUCAUCUGGAAUGAUACUUUUCCAUCCCGGAGAGAGGAUCGUGAGAAGGUCUUGCAGCAGGUUGCAAGUAUCAUGUUCCAGCUGGUGACAUGCACUCAGGAACCUAGCAGUACAGUCACGGCGGAAGGUUUCUUGAUGAACAUGAUUGAUUUGAAGAUUAUCCAGACUGCUCGAGGCGAACUCAAUGGCGGUUCUGCGCCCACUCUACUCGAUUGCAUGGUCCUGCGAAUGCUCGCGCAUAAAGUCAUCGAUGCGAACUGCACCAGUACAGCGAUGUCAUACUCGCACGAGAAUCUGAUUUCGGAUAGUAUCAUCAUAGACGAUAACUACAACGUCAAAGGUUUUGCCAACUGGAGUUUCGCACGCCGUCUCCCUAUCCGGUUUUCCCUCCGCUUCCCUCGCUUCCUCACCACCGAAGGGAAACUGCUCAACGCGCAGGCAGCCGUCAAUCCCGCCCUCGUGUACAGCAUAUAUCUCUGCCCCUCACCCACUGUCCGUCUCGACCGCGAGUUCUUUGUCUCGCGCUUGCAAUAUGAAAUGGCGACCCGCGCAACCACGACUGCUUGCGGGAAUCUCAACCCGCUCGGCUGGGAGAUCCUUGCCUGGGAUCCACUCGAUGUUGACUGGAAGCACAUCCUUGUAGACGCUGUCCUCCAUCAUGCCAUCCACGUCUUCAUACGUAGGCGCCAGUAUCUGCUCCCUGGCACGGAACUUGCCCGGGCCGGCGUGCCCAGCGUGCUCUCAGUCAAUGCGUUGUACACGGAGCUGCCGCUGUUCUUCAACCAGACGCGGCUCUUUAUGCCGCCUGGGCGGCGCCAGGCCGUGUUAUUCCACCUACUGCAGGCUGGCAUUGAGCGGCGAUUACCAUGGGACUUUAUGAAGAUGCUGCUGAAGGAGGCGUUCACUGUGCGCUCAAAUGAGGAACUUGCUGAGCUUUAUUCCAGAUAA